AGGGAAUUCACGCCGACAAGAUGAUGGGCAAAGGCAAAGCAAUAGUUGCCGGAGUUUCACUAAUUCUGGUGGUGGGUGUAGUGGUGGGUCUUGUUGCCGGCAUAAGCAAAGGCGGCAAGUCCAGUGAAGAAUCAACAACAACUAAUGUCGAUAACAACUUGUCGUCAGCGAUGAAGGCUGUUAAGACCAUCUGUGAACCUACUGAUUACAAGGAGACUUGCAUGCGCACCCUUGGAUCGGUUGCCAACAAUGGAACUGCUAAUCCCAAGGACUUCAUCCAAGCUGCUGUUACCGCCACCAUGGAAGAGGUGAAAGCUGCCAUGAAAAAGGCAGACUCCUUGAAAAAGGAUGCCAAAAACAGCACCCAAAAGAAUGCCCUAGAUGACUGUGAUGAAUUGCUUCAAUACGCCGUCGAUGAGCUCCAAGAAGCAAUCUCGAUGGUUGGCGAUAACGAUUUGAAGAAAGUGAACGAACGUGUAGCUGACCUCACCAACUGGUUGAGUGCUGUGGUCUCAUAUCAAGAGACAUGUAAGGAUGGAGUUACAAAUCCGGAGCUGAAAUCUGCCGUGGAAAAUGGGCUUAUAAAUGCCACCCAACUGACAAGCAAUGCCCUGGCCAUCGUUACGGAGAUCUCCAACAUCCUUGGUGCCUUUAACAUUCCUCCUAUGGACAUCAACCCAAAGUCAAGGAGACUCUUGGAGACAGAGUCUAUCCAAGUUGAUGCCCAAGGGUACCCCACCUGGUUCUCUGCAGCGGACCGUAAGCUUCUGGCCGCCCGUGGCGGUGCCCAGUUGAGACCCAACGCAGUUGUUGCCAAGGACGGGAGCGGCCAGUUCAAGACCAUCACUGCAGCUCUGGCCGCCUACCCAAAGAAUCACAGAGGCAGGUACGUUAUCUACGUCAAGGCUGGGAUCUAUGACGAGUACAUCACCGUCACCAAGGACCAGGUUAAUGUCUUCAUGUACGGAGAUGGCCCCAGGAAGUCCGUCGUCACUGGAAACAAGAGCAACAGAGGAGGCUGGUCCACAUUCCAGUCGGCCUCUUUCUCCGCAAUAGGAACUGGAUUUAUAUGCAAGGGCAUGGGAUUCAGGAACACAGCAGGUCCCGAAGGACACCAGGCCGUGGCUCUCCGUGUACAAUCCGACUUUUCAGCAUUCUACAACUGCAGGAUGGACGCUUAUCAAGAUACCUUGUAUGUACAAGCAAAUCGUCAAUUCUACCGUAACUGCGUCGUCUCCGGGACCGUGGAUUUCAUUUUUGGGGAUUCAACGACGUUGAUGCAGAACUGUUUGAUCAUUGCAAGGAAGCCGAUGGACAACCAACAGAACACAGUGACUGCCCAGGGAAGGGCCAUGGAACAUGAGUCGACAGGUCUAGUGAUCCACAAUUGUCGCAUCGUCCCUGAACAGUUGUUGUUCCCAAUGAGGUUCAAGAUCCCUACAUACUUGGGUCGCCCAUGGAAGAAAUACUCAAGGACUGUGAUCAUGGAGACUACCUUGGCUGACUUCAUUCAGCCAGCGGGAUGGAUGCCAUGGGACACCACUGGCUUCGCACUAGACACUUGUUACUACGCCGAGUAUGCCAACCGUGGACCUGGUUCCAGGACUGACAGGAGGGUCCGUUGGAAGGGUUUCCAUGUUAUCACUGAUAGAAGAAUUGCUACUCAGUUCACCGCCGGUGCUUUCAUCCAAGGAGGUAACUGGUUGAAGAACACUGGUGCACCUUUCCUCCUUGGCUUCAAACGAUGAUUUAAUUUAUUAAUU